UCGGCUCGAGGCCCUACCCACGCUGGGUGGGACUAGCAGGGCUGGUUUGCUGCGCGGCUGCAGGAUGCCCCUGCGCUGACCGCCUGGGGCCCGCGCCUGCCGGCUCUAAUGCGGCCGACCUCGCACCACCAUGUAAGCGGCACCUGCAAGUGGACGCUGGCUUCUCCGCCCGGGACCCCUGCGCCCUGCCUCGGGCCCCGGGCCCCUCGAUGACCUCAGGACACACCAUGCUGACCGGAGUGACAGAUGGUUUCUUCUGCUGCCUGCUGGGGACGCCCCCCAACGCUGUGCGGCCACUGGAGAGCGUCGAGUCCAGUGACGGCUAUACGUUUGUGGAAGUCAAGCCUGGCCGGGUGCUGCGGGUGAAGCAUGCCGGCCCCGCGCCGAUCCCCACGCCACCACCGCCUCCGCCUCCCGAAGACGAUCCUGGGGUCAAGACUGGCCUUGUGCGCUGCCAGCGCCGCAUCACGGUGUACCGUAAUGGGAGGCUGGUGGUGGAGAACCUAGGCCGCGCACCACGCGCCGACCUGCAAGGCCGCAGUGGCUCUGGGGACCCGCCUGCGGCGCUCGAGGUGGAGCUGGCGGAGCCUGCUGGGGGCGACGCCCGGGCCACCCCAGGCAGUGGGCGGCGACGGCGCCCCCGGCGUCCCAAGAGGACGAUCCACAUCGACUGCGAGCAGCGCAUCACCAGCUGCAAGGGUGCGCAGGCUGACGUGGUGCUGUUCUUCAUCCACGGUGUGGGCGGCUCACUCGCCAUCUGGAAGGAGCAGCUGGACUUCUUUGUGCGACUUGGCUAUGAGGUGGUGGCACCUGACCUGGCGGGCCACGGAGCCAGUUCUGCCCCGCAGGUGGCAGCUGCCUACACCUUUUAUGCACUUGCAGAGGACAUGCGGGCCAUCUUCACGCGCUACGCCAAGAAACGCAACGUGCUCAUUGGCCACUCUUAUGGGGUCUCCUUCUGUACUUUCCUGGCCCACGAGUACCCAGAUCUUGUACACAAAGUGAUCAUGAUUAACGGUGGAGGCCCCACGGCGCUGGAGCCCAGCCUCUGCUCCAUCUUCAACAUGCCCACGUGCGUCCUGCACUGCCUGUCGCCCUGCCUGGCCUGGAGUUUCCUCAAGGCCGGCUUUGCCCGCCAAGGGGCUAAAGAGAAGCAGCUGCUGAAGGAGGGUAACGCGUUCAGUGUGUCCUCCUUCGUGCUGCGGGCCAUGAUGAGCGGCCAGUACUGGCCUGAGGGCGACGAGGUCUACCAUGCAGAACUGACGGUGCCGGUGCUGCUGGUGCACGGCAUGCAUGACAAGUUCGUGCCGGUGGAGGAGGACCAACGCAUGGCUGAGAUCCUACUGCUGGCCUUUCUCAAGCUCAUCGAGGAAGGCAGUCACAUGGUGAUGCUGGAGUGUCCCGAGACGGUCAACACGCUGCUCCACGAGUUCCUGCUGUGGGAGCCGGAGCCCGAAGCCGAACCAAAGCCCGAGCCGCAGCCGCCGCAGCCAGAGACGGCUCCAGGGGAGGAGAAGUGACCAGCGGCCUCAGGUCUCCUGGAUCUUGAGUAGCUGAGGCUCCCUUAGACUAGGCAUGGGCUGGAUGGGUGGGGCCUCACGCCAGUGGGCGGGGCCUGGAUAGACUACGCCCCAGGGCGGGCUGGGCGCAGCCAGUGUUGGAGACUCCGUGCCCAGUGCAGUCACCGCGUCCUCUCCAGGCGUGACCACAGGGCGUGACCUUGUAUAGAGCCCCCUCCCUACCUUCCUCGAUGCUGCAGCGGGUGGGCUGCCACCCCCACUCGGUCUUCCCCUCUGCUGUGCUCCACUUCGCACUGGGAAGCCCCAAGGGGAGCCCUGGGGAGGGGCUUCCGUCCUGUCCGGGGAGACCCGCCGCACCACCCCAUUGCUUGGGACUGGAAGCUGGGCCCCCAAGAAGGGAGGGGCUGGAGCCACAAAUCCCCGCACAUGGCAACUUGUAACUCAAUUAAAAAAGUGACAAUCCAAAGUGGCCUCCAA